CCCCUCCCAGAGGCGAUUGGCUUACAGUGAAUGAACGAAUGAAUGAGACCAGGAAGAAGAGAGGGAGGGGAUUGUGGGUAAUGCGUCAUCGGCUGGCAGGGGCUCAUUUAAGCAGCUGUAGGAAGCAGGACGAGAGAGAGGGAGAGCGAGCGAGCUCGGGAGAAGCUGAAUGACAUUUUCGGCUCUCCACACCCAAAUCUCUGGAAAAUUCCUUCAGUUUGCAGGCUGCUGCUGCAGAGCCGAGAGAGGCUGGAUGUUCAGGAGGAGAGCAAAGCCCAACGGUGGAUCUCGUCUCUCAGCUGCAGAUUCAGACCUGAUAACCUUGGAAUGUAGGUUAGGAGGCUGCGAGUUUCCCUUGAAUGAAGUGUGUUUGUAAGAAUCUGUUCACUGUGAGGACAGAAGAAGAAACGGCUGCUUCGCCCCGACGAAAGAAGACCCACGUGUGAGGAACCGGUGCUGAAAGAAAAUUUAAAAAACCUUCGACCUGUUUCCGGUUUGGAAGCAUCAGUUACUCUCUGCUUGUCUGUCACCCUGGGGAAGGCAACGCUCCUCCGACCCCCCCAUCUCCCCCCUUCCUCAUCAUCAUCAUCCUCCUCAUCGUCGUCGUCUUCACCCUCGUCGUCCUCAGCGUCCCGUCGCGCCCUCACCUCGGUUAUCAGGUGGAAGAAGUUUCGGCUCCCCGGUUCGGCCGUCAUGCACAUCAAGACCACCAAGUGUAACCGCUUCUGCCUGGUUGCCUCGGUGACCAACCACGAAGUGUUUCACCGUCCCGAGGCGCAGGCCAGCUUUGAGGCCUUGUUCCGCUCCUUCGACCCGGAGGUGCAGUUCCAAUACUUCAAGUCCUUCCAGCGGGUCAGAAUCAGCUUCAGUGACGCUCUGGCUGCAGCCGAGGCUCGACUCCGACUGCACAAGACCGACUUCAACGGCAAAGAGAUGAGGCUCUACUUUGCACAGUCCGUCCACAUAGGAAGUCCUCGUCUGGAGCCUCCAAAGCCCGAUAAGCAGUUCCUCAUCUCCCCUCCUGCCUCCCCUCCGGUGGGCUGGGAGCAGAGUCAGGACGCCACGCCGGUCAUCAACUACGACCUGCUGUGUGCCAUCUCCAAACUGGGACCAGGAGACAAGUACGAGCUGCACACCGCCACCCCCACCACCCCCAGCGUGGUCGUCCACGUGUGCGAGGAUGAGCGCGGCGACAGCUCGGCGCCCGACGACAGCGACCAGGACGACAAGCCCCGCCCCCCGCGGCCCAAGAUCGUCCAGACCCGCCGGCCCGACUACGCCCCCGGAGUGGAGCAGUGAGGGAGCGACGACGACGUGGAGGGAGCAGAGUGUAACAUUUCAUCCUGAAGUGAUCGGCAAACACGCUCUCAGAGCUUUGGAAGAAGGUUUAGGGACUUUGAGAAGGCGCCCGAGGGUGCUGUCCCGUAGACGAGCAUUUCAUAAGACGGAGAGAGAACACAAAGCAUCGAAUGCUGCAUUCAUGUCCCGUGGGAAACCACAGGACGUCCGUCAUGAUAUCGUCUGCGUGUGAAUUUGAGCUCGAUUGACGUUUUGAAGCGUAGGGAAUCAUCUAAUGUUUUAACUAACACGGACGAAGACAUUUUACGUGACGCCAAACGAAAACCACUCCUUCUUCCCACAUGACAUGAAUGCAGCAUGGUUUUGAUGAGUCUUGUUUUCCUCAUCUAGAGUUUCUGGACUGAACAGACUGAAGAGGGACAUUUUCUGUGGAAUUCUGUUAGCGAUGUGACUGUUGAUAUUUGCUAGGGUGCUACAUGUGUCCGUCAGUGAGCUGUAGAGGCCCAGGAGCUCCAUCUGCCACGCUUCUGGCUUCUGCUUUUUUUAUUUGUAAUGAUUUCUGAUCUCCUUGUAAGAGGUCGUGCAGCUCCCCACCACCCUUCACUCCCGUUUGAUGUCCGCUUUGUGGUGAAAACGUAAAGUUGAGGCUCGCCUUACUCACAAUCCACAGCUGAAAUAAGGAGCUGCAGUCUUGUUCCUGUGAUGACUUCUAGUUGACUUUUUCCGGUGUUUUUUGGUUGUGGUCCAGCAGAUGCUUGUUAAACGAAGCUAAAUGCCUUUUUCUAAAGCGUUUUUCUGUGUGAAUGUAGAACUCACACUCAGCCCGAGUUCAUCUGAGGGCUACGAGACCAUUCUGUUCAAAAAAGAAGAAAAGAAAAAAGAAAAACAGGGCUAACCUUUUUUAGCUCCUAUGUGGGCUGAAUAGUGUUUUGAAGUCUGUGUGGGAAAAUACAACCGCAGUACUGUUAUUCAACCGAUGAUCCCGGUCCGUCUGAAAAGAAUUCUUGUAUGUAUCCUGGUGUAUUUUCUGCAUGUGUGGGUCUCUUUGUGUUGCUUUUCCGGCCUGCCGCACACACACCGCUGUUACAUUAUCACAUCCUGACACUCCUGUUAGUCCACAAAUGUUGUUACACAUCUUUUUUCUUUAAGAUUUGUAGAAAAUAUGACAACACGUGAUGGUUUCAGACCUCAGAUGUACCUGCUUAGCUUCUGGUUUUGUCAUUUUUCAAGCUAAAGUUGAACAAAACGCACACUGUAACUGAACACAUGAUGACAUAAAAAGGAUUUAAAAUGAACUGAGGUUGCUUCCUGACACUGAAUCAGAUCAUAUAAUCGUUGUAAUUCCACUUGAAAUGGUUGUAAACUGAUGGAUAAAAAGACUGUAAAUUGUGCUGAACGCGCCACGGUAUUUGUAGCUCUUCUCCAGCUUCUGUUUUAGUUGCUUUACUGAGUUUUCUUCUCAUGUUCAGGACGAUGGGAAAUGUUUGCUGGUGGUCAGAGCACUGUGAACCAUCGUCUGUCCCACUGGCUGGAGAUUCCAUGAAGCUGUUAGCUGCUUUUCACUAGUUUGUUUUAAAGAGGAGCGAUUAUUGAGUUAUCAUGAAAUAAAUAUUUGACCAUCUAA